AUGUCGUUAGAAAAGGAGAUUUUGAGGUCUGUUUUGCUUUACGAGUACAAAUUAGGCAACAAAGCUACAGAGGCCGUUAAAAGAAUAUGUUCGGUGUGUGAAGAGACAUCAAUGAGUGAACGGACUGCUCAAAAGUGGUUCAGCCGAUUUGUUUUUCCUCCUGGAGACGAGAGCCUGGAAGACAAGCCUCAUGUUGGUUGUCCAUUCUCCCUCGACAAAGUCGAGGUGAAGGAGGAAAUCAAGCAGAAUCCUCAUCAAAUCUGCCAGGAGCUUGCACAUAGAUGUGAAGUGUCUGAUGAAACUAUUCGAUCACAACUUCAUAGCCUUGGGAUGGCCUGGAAGCAAGUGCGUUGUUCAUGUCCUGCCCGAGAGGAAUAA